GGAGGGUGGGAUCAAUCCCUAUAACAUGUACGACAACUGUGUGAACGCACCUGGAGUGCAGGUAUCAACGCGAUUCCGCUUGGAGUACAAACUCCGCACGGGAAAAGACCUGGAUGUUUCUCAGGUAGCUAAAAUGCAGGGUUUUGCAGAUAAAAGUUAUUCAAUCCCUGUUCAGCUCUCAACAGUACCAUGCAUGAAUGAGACGGCAGUCACAGUUUACCUCAACCGUGCAGAUGUUCGUAAAGCGCUCGGAAUACCCACAAGCCUAGGUCCAUGGGCUAUUUGUAGGGUUUUGCAGAUAAAAAUUAUUCAAUCACCUGUUCAGCUCUCAACGGUGCCAUGCAUGAAUGAAACGGCAGUUACAGUUUACCUCAACCGUGCCGAUGUUCGAAAAGCGCUCGGGAUACCCACAAGCCUAGGUCCAUGGGCUAUUUGUAGUGACACAAUCAGCAACACUUACGAUAGGCAAUAUGGAGAAAUGGCAUCACGAGUAAAGAAUGGUCUCAAUUAUGGUCUCAGAGGAUUAAUCUACAGCGGUGAUGUUGACAUGGCUUGCAACUUCUUAAUGGGACAGAGGUUUUCGCGUAAACUGGGCUAUAAGGUCAGUCUUGCAAAUUAUCAACGAGUAGUGCUUCCGGCGAAUAUUGUGAAACUGUAAAA